AUGCCUCUCGCAGCUCCUGCCCCUCCGAACAAAAGAAAGAAGGCCAGCAAGAUCAUCACCGACCUGACCAACAUCAGCCAGAAUGAGGACGAAUCAGACCCAGAGGCCUCCGAACUCGACCUGGGCACCAAGAUCAAGACGCCCAAGGAUGUGAUGCUGGAGGAGCUCACCCUGCUCACCAACAAGGGGUCCAAGAUGUUCAAGAUGAGGCAGCAGAGGGUCGAGAAGUUCAUCGUCACCAACGAGAACAUGCAGAACCUCCAAAACCUGCUGAUGUCCCCUCCUCCAAUUCCACCAAAGCCCGAGAUGCCAAAAGUAGAAAAGGUGGAGGAAACAGUGGAUGAGGAGGCCGAGAGGGAGAAGAGGAGGAGGGAGUACGUGCGCACGUACGUCUCGCCGUGGGAGAAGGCCAUGAGGGGCAACGAGGAGCUGAAAGCCACCAUGAGGGCUUCCAUGCCGGGACCCAUCCAGAUCCACCCAGAUCUGCCUCAGUACAAGAGCUUCAACAAGACGGCUCUGCCAUACGGCGGCUACGACAAGGCGUCCAAGAUGCUGACCUUCGAGCUCCCGGAGCUCAGCGUCGCCGCCGAGGAGCCAGAGCCUCUGCCCUCCCUGCAGGCCGACAUCCGCUCACGCCCAUCCUUCAACCGCACGCCCAUUGGCUGGGUCUGCAGCGAGGACAACUCACACAUCCACAUGGACCUGGACACCAUCCCUUUCGACGGAGAGACAGAUGACCUGUGA